AUGGCCAUAUCAAGCCCUUUCGCAAAGUUGCCCUUUAAAACAAAAGGCUAUAUUACCCUAGCAGGAGGUUUCUUAAUUCACUUCAUUUUAGGUACUUUCUACUUAUGGGGUAAUAUGGGUUCAUAUAUUGCCUCUUACCUUUAAAAUGAUGGCCAAGAUUAUACAAAUAAUGAUGUAGGAGCUGUUUUUCCAUUUAUGAUGCUUGCAAUUAACAUUGGUAUUCUUUUCGGUGUCACAAUUGCAAAAAAAAUAGGAUUUAGAUUGCUCUGUCUCAUAUGUUCCUUUUUCAUAGGCGUAGGUAUUUUUACCAGUUCCUUCGCUCUCAAAAACUUUGCCCUUUUUACAUUCCUUUAUGGUUUCGUUUUUGGUGUCUUCAAUGGUUUAGCUUACAUGCUUCCCUUUAACUUAUGUUAUACAUACUUCCCUGAAAAAAAGGGUAUAGUUAGUGGUGUAAUUGCAGGCGCUUUUGGUUUAGGUGCAGCUGUGUGGAUUUGGUUAGUUAAUGGAUUAAUAAAUCCUGAUAAUAUAGAUCCUAUACAUACUGAUCCUAAUGAUAGCGAUUCACCUAAAUACUAUCCUGCAAGUGUAACUGACAACCUUCCAAGGUCUAUCAGAAUAUUUGCUAUAGUUUAUUUUUCUAUUGCAACAUUUGGUUCAUUGUUGAUUGAAGAGCCUACAAAAGAAGAAUUAUAGCAAAUUGAAGAAGAGUAAAAUGCAUAAUUUGAGAAACUUAUUGAUGGAUAUGAAUAGCAUAAAGAAGUUGAGUGCGAGAAUCUUAAGGAUGGACUUAAAACUCGUUUGAUUUACAUUACAUUUGGCUUGGCAGCUAUGUAUGCCAGCUUCGGAGCUAUGUUAGUUGCUAAUUAUAAAAACUAUGGUCUAUAUUUAAAUUUUUCUUCCAGCUUUUUAAGUAUUGUAUCAACAGUUGGAAGUAUUUCUAAUGGUUUAUCAAGAUUUUUCUGGGGUGCUGUGUAUCAAAAAGUACCUUUCAAAUGGAUUGCUAUCCUCAAUCUUUCAUUAUAGUGUGUUAUUAGUUUUACAUUGAGAUGGGCUUCAUAGGUAGAGGCUGUUUACUUAAUAUACAUUACUUUUAUGUACUUCUUAUAUGGAGGUUGGUAUGCUGUAUUACCAGCCACUAUUACCAAAAUUUAUGGCAAAAAAAUUGGAAAUAUAAUUUAUGGUGUCACUUUUUCAGGUUUUACUAUUGCAGGUUUCUUCUAGUUCUUUGUCGUAACUAAAGUUCAAACAGCUAUUGGUUGGGGAAAUAUGUUCUGGGUCUUUACUGGUGUCUAACUACUUGCAAUUAUCUUUACAUUUUUUGUAAAAUUCGAAAUUAAUUGGAAGGAAAGAUACGCUGCUCUUAGAUAAAAAGACGAAGAAUUCGAGUAUUCUUCAAAAUCUUUAGACACAAAAUGA